GCCUAUGCAGCGAGGCGGGCUUUCGCCGAACAAGGCAGCGCUGACUCAGCCAGGGCCGAAGGAAGCGCAGGGCAAUGGCGCUCAGCCCCCCCGAGCGGCAGCCGGGCCCGCCUGAAACCCCGUGCCCGGCGCCCCAGCAGCAGGAAGACGAGCCGGACGCCGAGGCCGCCCUCGAUUCCCAGCAACUGCGCGGCCUGGAGGCCGAGACCGGUGGGAUCCCGCUCCACUCGCCCUGGACCUUCUGGCUCGACAAAUCCCUACCUGGUACCACAGCAGCUGAAUGUGCAUCAAAUUUGAAGAAGAUCUACACAGUAGAAACUGUACAGAUCUUCUGGAGCGUUUAUAAUAAUAUUCCUCCUGUGACAAACCUGUCUCUGAGAUGUAGUUAUCAUUUAAUGCGUGGAGAAAGACGACCACUGUGGGAAGAAGAAAGCAAUGCCAAAGGAGGUGUAUGGAAAAUGAAGGUGGCCAAAGACAGUACGUCUGCAGUUUGGAAAGAGUUACUGUUAGCUACAAUUGGAGAGCAGUUUACAGACCAUUGUGCGACAAAUGAUGAAGUAAUUGGUGUUAGUGUCAGUGUUCGUGACCGGGAAGAUGUUGUUCAAGUCUGGAAUGUAAAUGCAUCAUUAGCAAAUGAAGCUUCAGUUUUAAAAAAGAUCUAUGAGCUUCUGCCCCAGACAUCUUUUAAAGCAGUUUUUUAUAAACCCCAUAAAGAACAUCAUGCUUUUGAAGGUAGACGUGGGAGACAUUAACAAGGACAGAACUUGGAAGAUUUUUCUAGAGAUCACCGCAACAGAAAGAUGGACAAAACAUUUACAAAAGCACCACAACCCUUAGUAUAUUUUUUUAGAUCUUUGUAUUCCUCUUGAGCCACUGGUACUGAAAAGCAAGGAGAACUGCUGCCUCAGUAGCUGAUACUAUUUUGAUUUGUCAACUCAGUAAAUCAGUUUCUUUUAGUAUUCCUUUCUUUUUAAGGUAGAAGACUACAGUUAAGCAAUUCUCGGUAUCUGCUUGAACUGCAAAUGUGCAGAAGCAUGAUAUGCUGCUUUUUUUUUUUCUAGAUCUGUAUCUAGAUAAAUCAUAGCUUAGGGAACCAUGUUUUCUGAAUUUGUUUUUAGACAUUCCUAUCAUGUUCACAUCUAGUUGUAGAUUACUCCCCCCCCCAAAAAAAAAAUGUGCACUGUUCUAAUCCGCAAUGACUAAUUGAAUCAUGCCAAUUCUGCCCAAUCUCCAUUAAACAAAUGGAACUUUUACUGCACCUCUGCUAUCUGGCUUGCUUUUUAGCACCCCAUAACCUUUGCACUUGAUAAUGCUCAUGCUGUAAUGAUGUUUUAAUAAUCACUGAAUAGAGCCUAUAAAUUGAGGAUACAGUUCUAUUUUGACAAAGUCUGGGGGGAGAAAGCCCUUAAGAAAGAUUGACUUGGUCCACACCCAUUAAUCACCCCUCAUUCUUGAAAUUCUAAGCUAGGCAAUGCUUAGAUUGAAGCACUGUUUGUGAUUAUGUAUCUACUGUGAUUUCUAUGAUAGUAGCAGCACUUGAGUUGCUACAAUUGUGCUGUUAGUGCAGAGACUACAGUCAAGUGUGAAGCAGUCAAAUGUUAGUUGAUGUCUGUUUUAUGGCUAUUUCAAAAAUCUUAACGUAGAAGAAUAAGUUUUCAUUGGGAAACCCUACAACUUUUAUUUCUUAUGUUUGAUUUUUUUUCUUAACACUAUAUUUUAUGUAUCUCUGAAAAAUAGAUAAUGCUUUCUACUAUGUUCUCACUUAAAAUACAAACUUCACAUGUCUAUUCUUCAUACUUAUAAUAAUAUACCUCCCCUCCCAUCAUCCUCAAUACAAUAACAACACAUACUUUUUUUAUCCUUUAAGGUCAAUAUCAAUUGAAUAGUACCUUUAUGGUUAACAUAAUCAGUACAAUUUUGUGUAGUUACAAGUUAUAACGCCUUAAGUACACUUUUCAGCAUAGAGAGAAGUCAAUUAUAUUUUAAAGCAUGAAUGUGAACUUUUCAAAUUAGUUUGUGUGAUUUCCUCCCCAUACUAAUUUAUUGGAGGUUGCAAUACAUUUUUAUUUUUUAUUACAAAACCAAAGAUUUAUUUAGUUCCUCAGCAGAGGAUGCCGAUGUGCUAGAAGGGACGUUCAUUCCCAUCUAAGCAGAAUUACUGGAUUAGUAUUAGUAUUUUGAAAUUUGUUCUGACUGCACUGAUAUCAAUUCACAUUUAAUCGUAUAAGAAGGUGGCUGUUGGAAUUCAUUACAUUUAUGAAUCAAGUUUUUCUUUUUAAUUUUGUACUAGUUCAUCUGUAUUUAUGAAUUAAACUUGUGCAUUUACCAAACCUUAUUAAAAGUUUUAUAAAUUCA